UCCUUUCACCACUGUAUAUUUCCUUAGAAUUCUCUCAAAAUAGGUAGCUAUCUGUCCAUAUAAUAAAAAGGCAAAAUCGAGUGAAUUUUUAAGUCCAUUUGUGAAUAAAGACAAGGACAGGUCCUGCGUUUGGUAUUUUGUAUAAAAUUGUGAAUGGUCUGCUCUUUUCCUCAUAAUGCAAACCCAAAAGCAAAGCACCCGAAAAGACGAAGAAACAAACAGUGCGAGUAGCUCUCCUCACAAUUCGAACCAGGCUGUCUAUCCUCUCUCACCACUCAUCAAAACCCUAAUUCUCCUUUAGUUUCACUGAAUUUUUUUUGAAGAGUUUCUUGGUCUGUUUAUGGAUUGAUUUUCUUUUUGGGGUGAUUGGGGACCUUGCUGGUGCGAUUUGAGAUUUCUUACUGUGAUUGGUUUCUAGGGUUUUUGAUCUGUGCGCCAUGGAGAAUGAGAAGGAAGGGAGUGUGGGAGAGAAGGGAGCAGAUGAAACCCCAGUUAUGGAUGAUGGUGGAUCGAAUUCUAGGCCUUCCCAGCCUUCAAGGACCCCAUUCACUAGUCUAAGCCAGGUGGAUGCGGACUUGGCUCUUGCAAGGACUUUGCAGGAACAGGAGAGGGCAUACAUGGUGUUGAGAAUGAAUGGGGAGCUUCAUGAGUAUGAGAGUUCUGCAAGUGGAAGCUAUGAUUAUGAAGAGGAUGGUGAUGAUCUUGAUGAAAAUGGUGGCAAUGAGAGGGACGAUGAUGAGGAUGCUUUUGAUGUCAUUGCUCGUGCUGAUGCUGCAGAUGAGGAAAACGAGAUCGACCCCUCUGCCUUUGAUAGUGAUGAGGCAUAUGCCAGGGCUCUCCAAGAUGUUGAAGAGCGUGAAAUGGCCAUUCAUUUGAUGGCGCUCACUGGCAUAAAUGGUUGGGCAGGGGAAGAAGAGGACCAUGAGGAAGAAGAAGAUAGCAACUCCCAGGAUACAUGGCAAGAGGUUGAUCCAGAUGAUCUGUCUUAUGAGGAACUGAUUGCACUGGGUGAAGUCGUUGGGACAGAAACUAGAGGCCUUUCUGCAGACAUGAUUGCUUCAUUACCUUCUUCAAAAUACAAAGCACAGAGCACAGCUGAAGGUGCCAUUGAGCAAUGUGUCAUAUGUCGCGUAGAUUAUGAGGAGGGUGAUGAUCUGACUGAUCUUUUAUGCAAGCACAGAUACCAUUCUGAGUGCAUAAAUAACUGGCUUAAGAUAAACAAGGUAUGUCCUCUUUGUAGUACCGAAGUUUCUACUUCAGCUGUUCAGCAAGAAUGACACUCAAAAGAAUUAUACUAGAAGGCAAGGUGGUGAUAUGAGAUGGCCUUUUCCCAUUGAAACCAUUUGGACCAUCCAUGCCAAACUAUUUGGGUUUCUGCUGUUUUAUAGAUGUGCCUAAAAUUACGACACAGCAGGGCCAUUUGGUGAGCUGUUUUAUCAUCAGACUGGUUAUAGUUCAGUUUGCUGUAUUUUUUUUUAUUUAGAAAUGCUUUAUUUUCUUCCAUUGUUACCUAUACCAAUGGAUUAGGGAAUCUCUGUUCUGCAUGUUCAAGGUACAAUUUUUUCAGUCCAUCCAUGGAAUCUAAACUGUACAAGUAGAAACUGUUGGGCAUUGGAAUGAACCUCCCUCAGUGGGCAAAUGCGGUAGUAACUAGGGUGUGAGUUCUGGAUAUUUUGUUAUCUUCAUUCAUUAAAUUAUGUUGAAUUAUCUGCUCCAA